AUGUGUAAUCAUUGUCAAAUGAGAAUGUUUACACAACGUUUAUGUCAACGAAAGAAUAUUUGGUAUUUUGCUGUGUUUACGAAAUCACAACAUCACAUGGUGACUACAAGUGUCAUUUCAUUUCGCCUGGAUGCAAAAAAAGAGAAAAUUAACGAUAACAAUGAAACAGAAGUAGAAAAAACAUCCAUAUCUACUUCAAUAAACAAACUGAAGUUCAGUGUAAAUAUUUGGCAUAUUGGCAAAGAAAUUUAA